UACGUCAGCUUUAAGCCAACGUAAUGGGUUGCCGAUGCGGAAGGGCGGUAGAUUUCAUAACAAAUUCAAGAGCUGCCCUGUUAGUCCUGACCAAAUGGCCAGACUUAUAGCUAGUUAUGGAACUGACUUAUAAUCAUAAGUUCUCUUUGAAAAGUGAAACAAGUAAAUAGCCGUUAACAGCCUAAUAUGUGGUGACUGUUGCUUCGACUAUAUAUGCAUACAGUAUUCGAACGAAAAUGCUUGGUGUUGCAUAUCUGCAUUACAUUACUCUAAUAACAUUGGUAAUGUUCCAUACAGGUGAAGCGAAAAUCAACUCUUUCACAAUAAACCAGUCCACAAAUCAAACAGUGUACAUCAAGAUAGGUGAGCCUGUGAUAUUUUAUUGUAACGUUAGCCAUGAAAGCACGGACGCUGUAAUUCGUAUUAGAGACGAGUCAAGGGAAGUGAUAGUACAAGCAACAAAUACGACACUGUUAACAUUAGAACGUAAGACCGCGAACUGCCAAGAAUCAGGGAAUUACUCUUGUGAUGUCUCCAGAAAUGAAAAAGUUGUCUCUGAGAUAAAUGUGUACCUGUUGGUGGUAAAAUGUCAACCUCAAAUUUGCCAAGCACAGGAAUCACCGAAAAAUGUUCACGCACGAAUUGGAGGGAAUCUCACUAUUCCUAUCUGUGUGAUAGCAAACCCAGAUAUUUUUGAUGGAUUUAAGUUGCAUUUUAAUGGAAAAGAAAUCACUGAAAACAGAGCUAGCCGGGUCAGCUACAGUGUUGAAAAGUACCCCCCGUCCGUGAUCCAUUACACGGUGCGAGUUUUCAUUGCCAGGGUUCUGCCGGACGAAAAUCAAAUCUUAACAAUUGCCGCUGAUUCACGGCUUUAUAGUAUCACGCCGUAUACGAUAAAACUCAAUUUAACCCGAGACGGAUUACUUCCUGAUACUGAUCCAUUUCCCCUGCACAUUUUACUUGUUGGGAUAUUCGCCCCAGUGGUUCUCAUAGCUUUGACAACAGCCUUUAUCUGCCACAGACGACGUGGUUUAAAAGCAAGACAAAGUAAAAGCCAAGAUCAUGGUGAUCUAGGAUUGCGAAUCAGUUACCAAGGAGAACAUGAUCAAGACUUGGAUAACGAUGGAUACAACACAAUCUAUGACGUCAUAGACACGGUGAAGACCAACACCAACACAGAUGACGUCACCGCGGUCAACACCCUGAAACCUCCCGAAUCUGCGGACGUUGCCCACACCGUGCCCGCCCUCCCCCCGAGGCCGCUAACACCACAGUUCGUCAAUUUUGAGUCCAGUUUACAUGAUCUAUCCAUGUUCGAUAUUGAUGAAACUAUAACAGAAAUCGGCAAUGAUAAACGGAAAGAAACGACGGGCUACGGAGGAAACAGAAUAAAUUUACAUCGCGAUGAAAGCGUUGGAGUUAGAAAUACUACCACAGCCAAUAUUGACGGGACGGGUUGCGUUGAAAUUAACGCCAAAAAACAAGAAGUCAAUAAAACGGAGAGCGGAGAAUAUAUUGACGACACUUACCUCGUUCCCGUAAUUCCUGCAUACGCUGUUAAAAUUUCUUCACCCGAGGGACAUUUUCAAGAUGGAGAAUUUAGACACAGAGUUUUUGCAAAUUUAGAACAUAAUUCUAAUGACCAUAAUACAGAAGAGGUAUUAAGUGCUGAAGACGAGAAAAAUAAUUACUUUAUUCCGGUUCUUUUUAAUAAGUUUUAACACUUUCACUGUUUCUUGAUAUUACUUCACUUUGCUUUCAAGUAACAAGUGCGUAUCCUGUCCUACGCUUACACUAUUUUCGCUCAUGAUGUUUCUAAUAAGAAUUUUGCUUAAUAAAGAACUUUUUCUCUUCUUCUUCUUCUUCGUUCUUAAUUUUUGAAUUAUGGUGGAGGAUUCAGACAACAAGUCCAAAUAAAGAACAACUAACGUUCUGUUUUAUGUAUUUUUAUAAGUCUUAAACAGCGUUUAGCAAUAUAACUGGAAUAAACUUGAAAAUCGCAUGAAUUGUUUAUAAAAUAACUAACUGGUAAGUAUCUUGUGUUGAUAUAAGUAUGUAAACUAUCAAGAGACUAAGCACAAUAGAGGCCCAUUCAUUGCCUGGAUAUCCCAAAUGCUAAGUGUAGUUGAUAAUCCAUAUUCAUUUUACGCCAUAUUCUGAUUAUCCUAUUGCUAAUUACAUAUUUGUAUGUGUUUUAUGUGUAUUUUGAAAUGUGUACAUUGAAUUAAAAUAAUUACAUUA